CGAUGCAUAAGCAACUUUGUGUACAGAUUUCGGGCUUUCCAUGGCAAGAAGGCUGUUUCAUGAAUACUUUCUGCAGCAAGUACUAGAGUUCUUCUCUUCUCUGAUUAAAUGCUUAGGGAACAACAUUGAGUUUGUGGUGCAGCCCUCACUGCAUGAUGGAAUGGAUGUUAGCAUUUCAUGGAAACUAGAAUGCACAAAGACUCAUGCACCUCUGGGAAAAGGUUUCAGCUUCAUCAUGUGCCAUCUCUAUCAAGGGAAAGUGACAAUAAGGGAGUGGCGGUUUGUGAGUGGUAAAAGUAAGGGGUGCACAGCAUUAUCCGUUUCGCCAUAGUUGAAUGCUAAUGCUAGAUACGGGUAAUUCAGGAACGUGGAGAUGUUUAUCGAGCCACUCCUUCAUAUGGAGCCGCUUAGAUUGGUAAGCAGUUUAUAAGAGUUAAUACCAAACUUAGUUCUCAAUAGAUGAUUUUUCCAUAUUUAGUUCUCCACCAAUAGUUUUGAAUGUCAUCAAAGUCGAGGACUAAACCUGAUAUUGACACGGGUAUACAAUUUGCAUACUCCUAGAAACAUGAACUCAUAAGUGAAAAGAGCUGUUUUUGUGCAGAAAAUGAGGUCUCUGUUGAUGAAUGCAAAGGAAAAGAUGAAUUCUCAAGAACCUGUGAGAGAUAAAACACAGAGGACUUUGAAAACACUCUGUGCUCUUCUCUGCAUUGCAGCAUUCAUAUUCUUUCUUGUAAACUCUAAAUGUACCUUAAGGCAUAGAACAAGGUUUGGAAGAUAAUGCAGAUUGCAGAAAAUGUAUUACGAUACACAGAUCCGCUAAACUUUGAUUGUUUGAAUCACGAUAUUCACACA